GCAUACCCGGAAGUAAUUUAUGCCGCUAGCCUGGUCUGCUAAGAAAACGCUGUUUUUAAAGGGAAACCAAGGUUGUUGAGGUCCGUGGUGGGCAUAGCAGGUUGAAGGUUGCUGCUGGUUGCAGGGCCCUGUGGAGCAGAAGAGCUGUGCCAUUCCCCCUUUUUUCCUCCCAUGUCCCCCCCCCUGUGUGUUUCCCUGUGUGUGUGUGUUAGUGACCCCGCACCCCCACCCACCUCCCACCUGAAUCCUCCUGUCGUGUCACCACUCCAACCCGAAGCCCCCCUCUCACUCCAUGCUUGGGACAAAGCCAGCUCACUGCCAGCCCAAUGACUGCCUGGAUCGUCCUGCCUGUCAGCCUGUCUGCCUUCUCCAUCACUGGAAUAUGGAUAGUGUAUGCCAUGGCUGUGAUGAAUCACCAUGUUUGUCCUGUGGAGAACUGGUCUUACAAUGUAACAUGCACAGAAGAACUGCCCCGACCGGGCUUCCCCAAGACAUGCUGCACCAUCCAGGACAUCCCCCUCAUCAGUAAAUGUGGCUCCUUCCCUCCUGAAAGCUGCCUGUUCAGCUUGAUCGGCAACGUUGGAGCCUUCAUGGUCGUGAUGGUGUGCCUUCUGCGCUACGCCCAGGUGAUCGAGCACAGCCACCGAUGUUGGGUCAACACCAGCGCUCUGGUGUCCGGCUGCACCAACGCUUUGGGUCUGGUCAUCGUGGGCAACUUCCAGGUUGAUCACGCCAAAUCUCUACACUAUGUGGGUGCUGGUGUGGCAUUUCCAGCAGGGCUGCUGUUUGUGUGCCUGCAGUGUGUGCUCACCUACCGGGUGGCUGUUACUGCUCUUGACUACUGGAUGGCCCAUUUCAGAGUUGCUCUGACACUGGGAGCCAUUGUCUCCCUCGUCCUCAGUGGCAUUUUCUUCAUCCACGAGAGCUUCAUCCUGCAGCACGCUGCAGCCAUCUGCGAGUGGGUCUUCACGGUGGACAUCCUGGUUUUCUACGGCACCUUUACCUACGAGUUUGGCACAGUCACCAGCGAGACUAUGAUGAUAGGCCUGCAUCAGAGUCACCACCACGGUUCAGGAGUCAUCAUGGGCCCGAGGGGCCGGGGCUCGACACUGGGUGGGGCGACGAAGGGCCUCAAGUCCCCCGGGGGAAGCAGCACGUCCACACAUCUCAACUGUACACCAGAGAGCAUAGCCAUGUUGUAGCUCUGCAUUGCUGCCCAAAGGUUUGCAGAGUUGCUUCAUGGGCUCGCACAGAAAGGCAAGACAACAGAUGCAACCUGUGGAGGAACACAGGAAGCACAGAUUUCUUCUUUCCAAUGUUGGUGCGAGCCACUGCAGUCAAAUAUCUUGUAGUGAUGUUGAGAGGAGGUUAAGCGUGUGGAGCUAGCUUGAGCACUGAAACCAUGAAUGUUUUCCAAGAUGGCGGUUGAUUUGGGCAAUUCUUCACUGGAGUCGGUUGUUUCUUGAACAACACUUUACAUCACCGACUGUACAUCACUGGUGUGCCCACAAUGGGGUUUCCCCCUGCCCAGACACUUCAUAAACUACCCAAUGCUCAGCCUGGCCCACCUGUUUUGGCCUUUUACUUAUCUCUGCACGGCACCGUUUUUGAAUUGAGAGAAUGACUAUUUAUGAUUGAGUAUUGAAUUUGCAUAGGAAGUACAACAUAUUGAAUGUUUGAGAAGUGAACAUUUAACAGUUAUGUAUGUUUUACAGGCUGUAAGCAUAUGGCCUUUUACAAUCAAUCGAGCAUAAACUAUCUGUCAAAUGAUUGGCAAAAAUCAUUAAUUUCACUCGACAAUUUAAUAGGUUGCACAGAUGAUUUUGAAUGCAAAUUUUGAUAUUAUUUUACAAACUAUACAUGUAUCUUGAGCCACUAUAAUUCUUGAGAUCAUAAUUCAUGUCAUUGGCAUAGGAGUGCUUGAUUGCUGCGUAAAACCCAACAGCUCUACUCUGUUGUCAGGGCGAGGACCGUGUGCAUCUCAAUCACUCAUAACUAAUAAGUCGUGUCCCUUGAUGUCAUUCCAUUAUUGUCCCACAUGGUGCAUGAUCUGAUUUAUUUUGUAACAACAUUUACAUUUCAUGCUAUCUUUUUAUUUCAUUGACUUUGAAGUACGGUGCAAUAAUAUUCAUAAAUUGUCUGAUAAUUCCCGCUGGAGUGAAUAAUGCCUUUUUCAGUGUGUUGGAAUUGAACACGGGCUUUUUACUUGUUGUUUUUAAUUAAUUUCUUUUUUUUAUUAUUUUCUUUUUUUUAAAGUGAAGCCAAGUGAUUUUAAGUGACCUACAUAUUAUAGUAAAAUAAGUAGAUGUGAAGGUAAAAAUGUAAUCCGACUAACACAUUUACAAAGUAACGUAGUUCUUGCCCACACACUGAUUUGAUUCCAGGCUGGACCCUUGGAAGCCUUAUUUGAGUUUGGAGAAUAAGUCUUCUGUUAGAUAUGAAGCGAUGCUCCGCCUUCUCAGCAGCUCCAGAGGAAGUUGUGUUGACGGGAGUUAACUGAGAGGUGACUGAUGCUUGCAGACCGUGUGCCAUUAACUUCAUGGCGUCACAAGAGUGUUACAAACAUCAAACGGGUUGUAGACUGAAAGGAAAGUGUGUCGUAUUUUAAGGUUGUGUAUGAUUUCCUGUUGCCAAUUUCUCUCAACGGUAUAUUUACCAUUGUGAAUGAGCUUAUCACCAGACUGCCACAAACUACUACUGCUCAAACUUAAACUGACUAAUGCCACCCAAUUUAGGAUAUACUCGGACUAUGUUUUGUAGUAAGCAAGUGAGCUUUUUCUGUUUUGAGAAGUAUAUUUCAUAACGCACAGUAUUCUGCCCUCUGCAUAGUGUUGAUGCAUUUUUAACUGUCUAACCACUGGAUGCCAGCAAUACAUUUUUAAAAAGGUCACAUCACCUACCUCUUAUCUUUUGUGGGUUUGAUGUUCUGAAGGAAAACCUUGAGUUCCACAUGUUUUCCAUCUUCAAUGGUUUGAAAAGUGUUUAAUAUGACGGUAGCUCAGCAAUCCACAGCUCCAUCCACAAAGUCUUAACAAGUGGAUCCGCUGUUACACGAGCUGCGUAUUCAUGUGUCGGGUCAGUUUGACUUUCUGUGCAAAUUAUUUAACUUCCUACUGUUUCUGGGACUACAGCAAUCCUGUCUUCUGCGAAUCUUGCCAAAAAAGACUGGAAUCCACUGGGGUUUUGAUUGGUUUUCUGUGUGUCAGCAGCAGGCGUAUCAAUUGAUAAGAGUGCACUGUUUCAGCCUUAUCCCUCAUACUGUGCCAGGGGAUCAUGUUCAGAUUUCUGUUUGUUUUAAUCUUGUGUUCAGCUGUAGCCUAUUUCACCAAACAGUAACUAAGUCACACGGUGUGACUACAAAUGGCAGCUUGUAUUAGCCCUCACAUCAGGGUUGGAUGUAUUCUUUAAAAGCAUCUAUUUCAUAAUACCAUCUUCCACAUGCCAACAUUUGAAGGUAGGUUUUACAACUUGUUUCUUUUCCUGUCAAAAUGUACACUCCAGUAAGCUUUCAUAUGGUAUCUUUGUUGAUGGAAGAAUCCUAUAUUACAAAAAGCUGAUCUGUACAUGUCUUGAACUCUUACCAUCAACACAGAAACAAUGUCUAUACAAAUGUAUUAUACAUAUUUCCUCAAUUUGAAAAAUGUCAAAGAAUGGUAGUCAGAGAAAUCCCCAAAAAUAAGUCAACACUGAUUAUUUUGUUUCCUUUUUAUAAAUUCUGUAAAUAUGUACAAUUUGUCUAUCAUUUAGGUAUUUUCAUUUGACAGAGAUUUAUAUUCAAAUAUGAAAUAAAAAUGAUAAAUUAUA